GUCCAUGGUCUUUGCUACUGAAAGGCCUUGAAGCUGAGAUCUUAGAGGCACUCCAGCAUGUUGAUGACUGCCGAACGAGGGGUCUGCCGUCCUUGAGGAAAUGUGAUGCGGAGAUUCGCAACUGGCGGGUUAUGCUGUUGCAUAUCGACAUGGCUGCGGAGAGGAGGUGUGUGCAGAACCGAGAUAUCCGGCCUUUGUAGAUAAAUACCAAUGCAGCAGUGUUGGAAUGCAGUAAAUGGGAGCUGGGGUAUCUUUCUUAAAUAUUGCGGGGAGAAAUAUCGUUGCGUGGAAUUGUUGUUCGGGUUUAACGAAGUAUUCGAGCAAAUAUUGCGACGUUGAGAGAAAAAGAGAGCGGCGACUGGCUUGGACGACCGCGAACUCGGCCCAAAAACAGAAGAAAAAAAAAAAAAAAAGAGAGAAAAGGGAGCAACAAUUUCAUCAUCGGCCACAACAUCCACCAACAGACAUCCCACAAUGCUCCCCCACAAACAACAACAGCCAUAGAUACCUUCCAUAAAUACCCCAUAAAUAGAUAGCAGGCCAAUUUCUCGCUAAUCUAGCUGGGGAAAACAAAUCAACACGCCCUCCGCCGCUCAUCAUGGGCUCGUCCUCUGAAGGACCAAACCCGCUCCGCCCAUACUACGUCCCUCCAUCCAUCGGCCUACCCAAGUCUCCGUCAAAUGCCGUCUCUGGGACGCUCGUGAACAAGGCGACUAUCAGAAACUCGACGCGGGAGAUCUUCUCGGACUUUGACUACUCCGAGUACCUGGGGGAGUCAUCCCCGACGAUUUCAGACUCCCUCAAGGAGCUGGUGGAAAAAGCGCUAUGGAAGUACACCAGCGUGUUGACAGCCCAACCAUUCGAGGUUGCAAAGACCAUUCUCCAGGUAUAUGUUGCGCAGGAUGCGCAGGCGGCUUUAGCGGGUAGAGAUGAGAGGCAGCGACGGGAUCAUGGGUAUCGGGACAAUUACUACGACGAGGAUUCUGCGCCCUCGUCCGAUGAUGAAAGCAGUUAUUUCACAUCAGAUGCUGCUCUAACUCCUGCUCCAUCCUCCCGAAACCGCCGUUCCCGGCCUCGCAUCACGGAUAGGCGUGGCUAUAUACCGCCUGGCACUGCUCCAGCUAAUAAAAACAUGCUCAAAAUCAAGGAUCCCUCCGCUCUAUUUGACGUAUUGUCUCAGCUCUGGGGCACGAGUGGUGUGACUUCACUAUGGAAGGCGUCAAAUUCAUCAUUCGUGUACUCACUACUCCUCCCAACCCUCAAUACUUUUAUCCGGAGCCUCCUAUCAGCUAUCCUAGCCUUUCCGGAGGAAGGCCUCUCGUCUCUCGCCGAGCCUGAUAUCCUCACAUCAUCAUCCCCCGGUUCCUCUUUACUACUAACGUGCAUUUCUUCUGCUCUUUCCGCCAUUCUCCUCUCCCCCAUCGAUACGACCCGCACAUAUCUCAUUCUCACCCCACUAAAUCAGGGGCCACGAUCACUCCUCCGUGCCAUCCGCCUCCUUCCCACUCCCAGCUACCUAAUCCCACCACAUCUCCUUCCAAUUACAAUUCUAAAUGCGACUCUUCCCAAUCUCCUAACAGGCGCCACGCCGCUCUUCCUCAAAUCGUACCUGUCCCUCGACCCUGUCAUCAACCCCUCAUCAUGGAGCGUAUUCACCUUCUUCGCAUCAUGCCUGGACCUAGCAGUCCGCUUUCCCCUCGAAACCGUCCUCCGCCGCGCGCAAAUAGCCACAUUCACCUCCCCAGCGUUACGCCAGCAGGGCAGCCUCCUCCCUAGCCCUAGCCCUAGCCCAACCUCUACAACAGCCCCGCCACCGCUCCCCCGGAACACAAGGAAAUCAUCCGCAGCACCUGCUGUGGUUGAAACCAUCGUCCCCACGCCACAAUCCUACCGCGGCAUAAUCGGGACAAUGUGGACUAUAGUCUAUGAAGAAGGCACAAACCCACACGCCCUCGAGCUCGAGGAGGUAUAUGCGCGGCACGGCGCGCAGUCCUCACAGUCGCCCCGGCCGUCCUCAGCGCAGGGGACGGCGACAAGCCGACGGGCACAGAAGCAGCGGCAGGGGCAGGGCGUGCAGGGUCUGUAUCGCGGCUGGCGUCUGGGGAUGUGGGCUCUCGUUGGCGUGUGGGGCUCGGGCAUUUUGGGCUCGGCAUUGGGUACUGGCGAUGAUGAGAUGGUUGCUGGUCCUGGAGGUGCUAGGUUGGCGUUGGAGUCUGCGGGUGGCAGGGCGGGGAGUGCGUCUACCAAGGGUGCAUUUUGAAUGCCAAAUUUGAAGGACCAUACACUUCAUUUGCUGAUACGCAAGUGUGUGCAGGUGGUAUGUGUGUGGUAUCUGUCCUGCGGCGCCUUUCGAGCUAUUGUCAUCUUAUAAUAUAUCUGUUACGACCUUUCUGGAUAUCUUUGAUCCUAUCAACCUCAUACACCACGUCCGCUUUCCCCUACCUCACCCCUGCAGCAGGAAAACGAAAAUUCGGUGUAUAUAAAUAAUGAGCCGGGGAAAAUACGUUGGCGUGGGUAAACCGAACCCUGCUUUUCCUAGCCCCCUUACUCUCAUCUCCUUUGGAAUGAAUCUUUUCUCUUUCCCUGGCGUAGUUGUCAAGUCUAGGAAACACAAAACUUCUCCCCCCUGCCCCCCCAUUUUAUUGUACCUACGUACGUGUGGACCUAUGUGCAUGUACUAUUAUAUUCUAUUCCUAUUCUUAUCAUCUCCUUUUCCAAAAUCUUUUUCUUUUUUUCGAACAGAAAUCUAACGCACGCAAAGGAGUAUUUCCUAAGGGGAAAGAAAAAAUAAAAAAAAGGAAAAAAAAACCUAAUGUAUCCAAAUAAAAUUUAAUCCUUCUUCCUUCUCAUCCCCUUUCUCCUGACUCUUUUCCUCUCCCAGCGGCCCAGUGCGAUUUGUUUCUACCCGUCCGCGAGGUUUUCCCCAUACCGAUCGAUAUAUUUGUGGCAAUGGGCAUGUUUUGUACUUGUCGUACACUGGAAACGCUGAUGAUAUAUAUUUUCAAUUAUUUUUGGUCAAUUGCCAAUUGCUACUCCUCCCAAGGCGAACUUUGUGCUACACAUACGUGAAGAGACACUAACAGGCGAACAGAAGGGAGAGGGUUUUUUUUCUUUUAAAUGCAUAAUCUCAACAUUAUCAACACAACCAAAGGAAAGGAAAGGAGAAGAAAACAAUGGAUAAGUUGGAGUGGGGUAAAUGUG